GAGUUGAGUUUCCGUCUCAUUUGUUGGAUUGCUUUGCGAGUGACUGAAGCGUUUUGUUUUUCCUCUGCCGAGUCGAUUAAAAAUUUCGUAAUAAUGAUGAUUGAUUAAAUAUUUAACCAAUUGGAACAGAGGGGCGAAAUGCUGAGUUAACUACACGAAAAAAGAGCAAAUAAAAUGCCUAUUAAUUUAUAAAUAUUCAACGACGUGUUUCAAAAACAAACAAAGAUAUGCGGAAGCAGACCUAAAAACAAAGUGUUAAAUAGAAGAGACAACGGGAGAUAUUCGAACGAGAGAGCGUGGGAGAAAGAAAAAGAGAGUGCCGCGAUAAGAGAGAGAGCAAAUUGUUGAUUAUAAUGUGUGUCAAAAUAUAACAACAAACCAAUGGAAAAAUCACUUGUUUUUGAUAAUAAAUCAUGGGAAGCGGCACGUGUUUUUCGGAUUCCCUAUAAACAUACAUAUAUCAACCCACAUAUACCCGUCUAAUUUUAAAUAUAUGUUCACCUAAACAAAAAAAAAAAAAAAGAAAACAAAACAAAAGAAAAGAAAAGACAACAAAAUCGACAAGUGCAUGUGAAAUUUACAAAAAAAGUCUCACUUGUCACCACCUUAUGACGUCAGCUAAUCCCAAAGAUAUAGUGCAAAUAUAGGAAAGAUACAAAAAUCAUAAACCCGCAAAAUGCACGGAGUGAAGAGGGUGCUGAUCUUCUGCCUGAUGAUUGUAAUACUGCCGGCCAUUCUUAUCAUUAUGCCAUUGCAUCUGCGAAAGACAGUCUUUGCGGACGUCAUUUAUCCCAUGGCCGAAUCCGAUAUCAUCGAGAUUCGGGCCGGAAUCUCGUCGAUCUUCUGCUCGAAACACACCCUGCGAAUGAGCUCCAAUUUCAACGCCUUUCAGUUGCGAAAUAAGCCAGAGAUCGCCACAAACCGCAAGCAUAUUAGGCUGAAGAAGUCGAUGACCCUGCCAGAUGAUACCCUGGAAUAUUGGGGCUUCUUUUUGCUGAAAGGAGCCAAGGUGCAUGUGAAAUUGUGCUCCCGUUACGAUGGCUCGAGCAUCCUAAUCAUCCAUGGCCACAGGGAGCUUAAUCUCUGUGGCCUCACCGAUCACAAUAAGAACAAGGUGGGCGCCAAUUAUGCCAAAGGACACGAACAAGUUCAAGUGUUCUUCGAAGAUAAUGUGGAGAUCACUGAGGAAAAGAGCAACCAGGACGUUAUGAUGGAGCAUGAGAAUCAUGGGGGCGAGGACCUCAGCGAGGAUGAAUCGCAGCCACAUUUGAGUAUACCACCCAAACACAAUGGUUCGUCACAACCAAAACUUUUCAGAAAGAAACUGAAAAAAGGUGUAAUUCAUCACAGUGAUCCCGAUUUGAAUGCAGUUACAGAUCUGCAAGGAUCACAUCACACAGAACAUAUUUUAAAUCAUCACGAUCACAGCUCCAACUCACCUGCACAUCAUCAUAAUCAUUCUUUAAAUAGUAGUCCAACGCAUCAUCAAGAUCAUACCGAGCAGAGUUCGAAUAUCACAACCGAGGAAACUAGUCAUAAUCCCAAGCACAUUCGUGAUGAGCAUCAUUUGGAUCUCAAUUCGAGAGAGAAUCAACGCGAUCACAAUUCAAGUGAGGAUCAUCGAGAUGACAAUUUGAGUGAGGAGCAUCCAAAUCACAAUUUGAAUGAGGAUCAUCCAAGUCAUAAUUCGAGUGAGAUCCAUAACUUAAAUAGUGGGCACCAUCGCCAACGCCGAAAAAGACACAAUGGCGGAACCCAUAGAAAUCAGAGGAGGCAGGAUCUCUACGAGAAGCUCUAUAAGAGACCAAAACGGGAUAACUUGCGGAAUGUGUACGACAGAAGGCCCACUCAUGGAGGCAAUGCCAUUAACUUCACUGAAACCGACGAGUCCAAUUCAGUGUCCAGCUUUGAAACAGGACUGCAACAAUGCUUUGAUGGGAUGGUUCUGCUGCAGAAAUUCUUUAAGCCAAAAAAUGAGUGCUCCAAUCCGCACAUAAUGGAGUCAUCGCCAAACAAGAGUUCGAUGGUGGUGCACAAUGUGAUCGAAGAUGGCUACUACUACUAUAUAUUCUACAGCGACAACGAUCAUGUGAAGAACGAGAUACACGCCAUCUUCGAUAUUUACAAGCCGACCUAUCAGUACUCCAACAUGAGCGAUACGCAGAGUUGUCUGAACACGACGAAUUGUACGUUCACCAUCAGUUUCCUUUCGGACGAGAUCGUGGUGGUGGAGGUGCCCACGCGGGAUGGCAUCGAACACGAGGAGGAUGACAUCACCAACCUGAUCUCCACCUGCCAUCCGCGCAGCGAAAUCUACGCCAUAUUUCCCAUUACCGUGCUGGUCCUGAUCCUCUGCUGCUCCUUCCUGUAGUCCCCCAGAAAAUCCAGCGAAGUCUUGUGAUAUUUAUAGGGAGGCAACUAGCGGGUGAUAUACACGCAUGUGAGUGUGUGGUAACGUGAUGGCCGGCCCCAAAACGAGAGCUUUUCGAGUAGCCAUAUAAAGUAUAUCUAUAGCCCAUAUCGAUUAUACACACGGAAUGAACAGUCUGAACAAUUCGUUAUCAAUAUUCGUAGUUUGUAAUAUGAAUGUAGCCUAAGACGCAAGCAUUUGAUAGUCUACAAAUACUGGAUUAUAUUAGGAAUAUAGGAAAUAAAUGUAAAUUGUAUAUUAAAUACAUGUAAUUGUAGACAACAGUAGUUUUAAGAUAGAACUUUAGGAAUUAACAACAAUAUAAAUAAUUCUCAUUUUGUAUAUCGGGAUAUAUGUACCUCCUUGCUUUUUCGGUUGACCUUUAAAGUUGUUAGUUUCAUUAAGUAGAUACAAAUUAAAAAGACAUAUUUUUAACUGAGAUUUUUCGUUAAAUUUGGUAGUAUUCAUUUUAGAAUUAAGUUCAUUUUUCGGUUUAGAUUAAAAUAAAUUUAAAGAGAAAAAACUGGAUUUUUGUUUGUUAUUUUCAAUGCAGACAUUUGGUCGGUGUCGUAAUCAUAAGCAGAAUAUUUUCCAUUGGCUCUAAUUUCAGGACAGAAAACAAUUUUGUUGACUCUAGUUAUUUUAGAUUAAUUCACACACAAGUCAGGCAGUCAAUGCCCAUUUGCCCGUCCUUUGUGGGUGGCUUGUUAUUUUAUUUCCUAAUUUGGACACGGGGGUAAUGCAAAUAUUUACACAAAUUGUAUGCCUCGCAGUUGGCAUUAUAAAUGAACAGAAAAUAACAUUGUCAUCAAAAAUGAAUUGAUUAACUUUGUACUUUCAUGGUUUAUUGAGUUAAAGUGAGCGUGAAUAUAGUGCCUUGGAUUAUCCGACUAACAUA